AUGAUCUCCCCGCACCCCAACACCUCCUACACCCUCGCCUGGAUCUGCGCGCUCCCCGAAGAAUAUGACGUCGCGAUCGCCAUCCUUGACGAAAUCCAUGGAAUACCGCAGAACCAGCGACUCGAAGACAAGAAUGCCUAUCUACUAGGCAAGAUAGGCGCGCAUAACGUCGUUCUGGUUUGUCUCCCUGCAGGACGGAUGGGGACAACUGCCGCCGCAAUCGUAGCGGAGAACUUGUGUCAGACGUUCCAGUCGGUGAAGUAUGGGUUUCUUGUUGGUAUUGGGGGUGGUGUUCCUGGUGGUGGGUCCGGAAAAGAUGUUCGCUUGGGAGACGUAGUGGUUAGUGUCCCAGGUGGUGAGUAUGGGGGUGUUGUACAAUAUGACCUGGCCGACGAGGGUGUAUUUCAAGGACCACUGAACUCACCGCCGGAGAAGUUGCUAUCUUAUGUGACGUUGCUGGGUAUCCUCAUGAGGAGUCCUAGGGUUGCCGGGAACUGCUUCUGGGAGCAGUUGGAGCUUCUUGGGGAGGAGUUUGAGUAUCCGGUGCAUCUUGAAGAUAGAUUGUUCUGCUCGAGGAAGAAAAGGAAGGACAUGCUGCCUGUUGUGCAUCUGGGCACGAUUGCCUCAGGAAAUACCGUUGUUGGGGAUGGUGUGACGAGAGAUACAAUUAAUCACCGGUUUGGGAACUCGAUCUUGUGUUUUGAGAUGGAAGCCGCGGGAGUUAUAAAUACCUUGCCUUGUCUGGUUGUUAGAGGUAUUAGUGAUUAUGCGGACUCGAGGAAGAAUGACGAGUGGCGGCCGCGUGCUAUUGCUGCUGCUUGCAGCUAUGCAAAGGCUUUGAUUUUGCAAAUCCCACCGGAAGAGGCGCCGCAGCAGUCGGAGAUUUUGCAUGUGACAGGUCUGAUCAAAGACCUGCGUGAUGAACUGGGUCAAAUAAAGGCGGCAAUUAAUGGUCUCUGGAGUCUUCAGAAAGGUGAAAGCUACACUGAUCACCGCCUGACGACUGUGAGGAGCAGAAGCGUGAGCAUCAUGACAAGCCUCACUAGCAGGCUAGCCUUCACAUAUUCUGGCUUGAUGCAGGCGAGCCAGUACGUAAGCCACAGGAUGUCGUUAUUUUUCGACAGCAUGAAGCGGUAUAUCUGCUCUAAGCUACUUGGGUACCCUUCAAGAGACGCAAAAGCCGGCCCUAGUGCUGGAGCACUCCCUUCCGUACUUUCAUUCCAAGGAUGGGGGUGGCAUCUCAUUGCAGAGCCGCAUAUGUGGAUGUCCUCGUGA